AUGGAAGACACUCCUGGUGUCAUGGGCCCAAGGACUAGAAGUGAGGUAUGUAUAAUAUAAUGUAUAUACACAUGUCAAAUAUUACUUCCCACUACAGGUUCUGUGGUUUGUUCUGGAAGUACUGGAAAUGCUCUUGAGUUUCAUAUAGCAGGUAGGAGGCAGGAUAAGAGGAUCCUAAAACAGCAACAGCAGUGUGUUGAGUGGAGGAGUGGGACUGUGUGGGGGUGCAAUGUGAAGGGUGUGUGUGUGUGUGUGUGUGUGCGUGUGUGCGUGCGGUAGAGAAGAGUUAGAGGUGAGGUGUGUGUAGGCGGUGAGGCUGACACAUCAUCCCAAUUAUCAGCAAGGUUGAGAUAAGAAACAGAGAUGAGAACUGCAGUAACAAUCUUUCCCUCAGUUUUGGAGACUUACGGUACAGAGAAAAACAUAAAAGAAAAUCAAGACUGUGUCUUUCAAUGUGAAUAACAACACUCCAAAACAGUGGGAAUAGAAACAAUUCUGCGACUCUCCACACUCAGUUGUCCUUCAGUUUGAACCACAAAACCUCAAUUUCGGACAAAAAGCAUGUCUUAAAUGGCCAAUCAGCAGUUGCUACAUCCAUUUUUGGACAUAAAUUAAUUAUAUUUCCCAUUGUUUCUUGAAGAAUAUAACUUAUGAGCUUAGUUUAACUGCCGUACCCCAUCAGAACCUAAAAUAUAAGCUUGUUUUACUCUAAUGUUUGUAAACAACGUAAAUGUAAACAAACACUGUACAUGGUUAAAACUAUAAUUUUGAUAUCAUGGAUGGUCAGUCCCUGCAUCAAUAGCUCUGUCUAUGAAUUUGAGAGUGAUUCCAUUCAUCCACCUCAAUCCCUCAGCUUUUUACAGAAACAGUGGUUGGGAGCCGGCUUUGUUAUUGUUUCUGCUGAUUGGCCCAUUCAUGUUCAUUAACCCUCUUAUUUUCCUUACGGAAAAUACCAGCAGCUGCAUUGUGCACAGACUUACAGAUAGAGAGCGAUACAGAGAGGGGUAUAAGGAAAAGAGAGAGGGGAGGCGGAGGGAGACACAGAGAGAGAUAACUAUUAGAGAGGGCAUCAGAAAGAGUGAGAGAAAGCGAAAGAAACAGAGUGAGUUAAAGAGAGGAGCCCAGCUCAGCUUAGCUCAGAGCUGAGAGCUCAGCGCUGUGCCCUGUCUUCAUCUGGGCAAUGAAAUGCUUUCGCACCAGUUAGAAUACCGUAAGCUGGGUCUGUCUAAACAGGGUUUUCUCCUCCACCUCCUCAUCUAAUGCUCGCCAGGCCUACUACUAAUUAAUAUGAAAGGCCAGGCCUGCCACCGCACCGCCGCAAACAAAGCAGCCUCGAAUAUUCAGAGGAAGGAAUGCCCUCUGGCGCUGCCACGUGGUACGGGGCAGGAGAGAGAAACAUUGUGUGUACGUGUGUAACACUAGAGGAGUUUAGUGGAUGUUUCCUUGCACAGAUGUAUGGUACUUCCCUGGGUUGGAGAUAAGAGGAGGGGGAUGGGAUGGUGUGCUGGGCUAUACGAGAAAAUAGGUACAUUGUGCUGAAGGCACCUGAAACAUGAAUUGUUUAUCAUAGAUAUCAAUAUACAAAUAUGUUUCUAAACGAGAGAGAGUUGCACCCCCAUGUCCUGAAAUGUCCCUAUAUUACUUUUGUCUGCACCUACUUUGUGUUGGUUGAUGCGCUGUCCACUCACUCACCUCCGGAAGGGGAGAAAAAUAGGAAAUGAACAACAAGACAAACAGCAUGUGGUAGUGUAGAGAAGAGUGAUAGGCUCCACGCUACUCUGUCCUGUCACACUGUUAUCUACAAUCAUCUUGGUAGCACUGCAGAGUGACUCCAACAGAGGCCAUGGUAAAGUGAAAAAAUGCAAGUCUACAGUUUAAAGUCUCUCUCUCUCUCUCUCUCUCUCUCUCUCUCUCUCUCCUCUCUCUCUCUCUCUCUCUCUCUCUCUCUCUCUCCCCCCUAUUUCUCCUUUCUCUCUCUCCUUCUCUCCUCCCCCUCCCUCUCUCUCCCUCCCUCUCUCCCAGUCUCGUCAGACCCCGGAGGGAGAGUUCCUACCUCUGGACCAGUGUGAGCUGGAUGUGGGUUUUGGGACGGGUGCGGACCAGCUCUUCCUAGUGUCACCUCUCACCAUCUGCCACGAGAUCAAUCCUAAGAGCCCUUUCUUUGACCUGUCCCAGCGCUCCCUCAUGAACGAGCAGUUUGAGAUCGUUGUCAUCCUGGAGGGCAUUGUGGAGACCACAGGUGAAGAACCACUACCCUCGCUCCUCCUGUUAACCCUUUACUCUCUUCUUCCUACCCUUCUCUCCUCCUUUUUAAUUGAUUAUUCUUUCACUACCCUUUCUCCUCCUUUUAACUCCUUACUCUCUUCUUCCUAAAGAGGCUCCUCCUUUUCAAAGGCUCAAUGCAGCCAUUUUGAUGUCAAUAUCAAAUCAUUUCUGGGUAACAAUUAAGUACCUAAUUUCCAUUAAAAUUGGCAAAAAUAUUUCUUGCCCAAAAAACUAUUUCUCAAGCAAGUUUCACGAUGGAAAGCCAAAACUCUCGCCCAUGCAAACCUGCUGAUUAGAAGGUCCUGUGUAGAUUGUAUUUCAACCAGGAACUAUCAGGAAAUAACACUGAUAAAAAAAAUGCACGUAUUUACAGUGGUAGUUUCAUCAGCAUGAUAUAAAACACAGGAAAGUUGACUGCACUGAGCCUUUAAUUGAUUAUCCUUUCCUGGUCCUUUUCUUCUUCUUCACCCCAACCAUUAUCUCCGUCCGUUCAGUGGGUUGUUCUUUCCCUAUCUCCACCGUUUAGCUUGCAAUUCUGGUAUUCCUCUCUCCUCUCCAUUAUCUGAACUCGUCGAAUUAAACUACUGUAUAUUCUCAUAUGCUUAUCAGUCUUACUUCUCCAUUUCAACCUGCCACAUAUCCCCAUGUAAUAUUUCCAUCCAGAUUCUGGAGAUAGUCAGACUAACAGAUCUCUCUUAAUCUCGAAAACCCUGUAAGAAUCUAAUAGAUCUUAGUAAGUGUUCAGUGGUAAACAGAGCGAACAGUGGAGAGGUGGACGUUGGGUAUUGGGGACAGCACCAGGGAAUGGCUUCCUGAUUGAAUUAUGAGGGACAUUGUAUUACUGCAGGAUGUUUUUUUUUAUCCCUACCCCAUGUAAAAUAGAUAGGGUCAUAGAUGCAAAUGUCACUUAGAUAAAUAAGCUUGGGGUUCAGCUGAAGUUACUCUAUUUCUCACUGGGCAGAAUGCAGGGUUAAUUGUGAAACAGUAAGAGAAGUUGAACACAACAGCUGUACUGAACUACAGGCAGGCUGCAGGUGUGCUGGGUCGCCUAUGGCAACAAAAGUGUUUUUCUCUCUUCUACAUCGAACAAUACGAUUCCUCAUUCUAAUACUCAUACAUAAAUAACAAAGUCUUUGUCUGCUCUGGCGUUAUUUAUUUAUUUCUCUGCUCCCUUCUCUUUUUCCUUUCAUCUCUCCUUUGUUCUUCUCCCCUCCUCCCUCUUUCUCGUUGUCCUGGGCAGAAGCAUGAAGCUGAAUAGAGGGAGGGAUGGGCAGGCAGGCAGCACGCUCUGUGCUCUGUUGAUAAUGUCAUUAAGGCAUGCUGCAGCCAACCGCCUCUCUCCUCUCUCUCUCUCUCUCUCUCUCUCUCUCUCUCUCUCUCUCUCUCUCUCUUCUCUCUCUCUCUCUCUCUCUCUCUCUCUCUCUCUCUCUCUCUCUCUCUCUCUCUCUCUCUCUCUCUCUCAGCAGCACUGUGGUUCUCUGAGCUGAGGAGCAAAGCAGGGGGCUGAGGAGGGGUUCUACUCUGUAUGAAUGAGGUGGCCUUGGAGUCACCUGUGUGGUCCUGUGCACAGUGUGCAGACAUCCCUUACUCCCCAGAGAAAGAAAUCCAUAUCAUCCACUGAGAGACAGGCAGAGCAUUGUCCUGCCAUUUGAGAAACCUUCUGUCACCAACUGAUAGCCUUUGCAUCUUUCUGGUGUCUGAUUAGAUGAUUAUGGGGUCUCUCUACUAUCACACUAUGAUUGUACAUCAGCUCCUGUUCCACUAGAGAUGUGUGGUAUGUAGGCCUAGUUGUCACAGCUUUCUGACAGGUGUGUGUGUGUGUGCUAGAUGAAGAGAGCCAGUAGUAGGAUUGAAAAAGAGGCUAGGAGAAGAAAAGUCAUUGUAUUAUGGAAAUGCACCAUUUGAGUAGUGCCAGUGGAGGCUUUACAUAAAGCUCUCCUCCAGCUGUUUUCUCACUUGCUCAGCUGCUUUGAUUUUCAUUCAAGGCCCACAAAACAUAACAGACUGUCAGUGUACCUGGCAAGAACGUUGGGCUCUGACGCCACAUCAUUUCCUGCUGCAACUGUAUACCUUUCCAGUCACCAUCAAUGGGCAAAUUAUAGCUAAUUAUCACCAAAUUCUAUAUGAAAGAAUAGAAAAUAACUUUAAUUAAUUUCAGCUUAGGGUUGAGGAUAGUCAAGGGUUUGGGUAAACCCCUUGGUAGUGAUAUUACUGUGUCAGUCAAAUGUCAGGGAAAGGAUCAGUUUCUCUUUCUGCAGUCAGCCAGCUCUGUUUAACAGAGCAAUACAGGGCUUAUUGAUCGGUGAGGGCCCUCGAUACAGAUAUAAUUGUCAAGGAAAUAAUUUUACAAGAGCUGAGGUCAAAUAAAAACCUACAAUUUUAUUUGUCACAUGCUUUGUAGACAACAGGUGUAGACUAACAGUGAAAUGCUUACUUACGGGUCCUUUUCCAACGAUGCAGAGUUAAAGAUAAAAUCUAAAUAAUACACAGUGGAUAACGAAUAAAAAUAAUUAGUAAAAAUAACAUGGCUAUAUAUAGGAAGUAGAAAAUAACAUGGCUAUUUACAGGGAGUACCAGUACUGAGUCGAUGUGCAGAGGUACGAGGUAAUUGAGGUAGCUAUGUACUGUACACAUAGGUAGGGAUAAAGUUACUAGGCAACAGGAUAGAUAAUAGACAGUAGCAGCAGCGUAUAUGGUGAGUAUGAAAGUGUGUGUGUGCGUGUGGCGCCAGUGUGUGUGUGUGUUGGGGUGUAAGAAUGUGUGAGUGUGUGGGUAGAGUUCAGUGUGUGUGCAUAGAGUCAGUGCAAAAUAGUUUGUGCAAAAAAGGGUCAAUGCAGGUAGCCAUUUAUUUGGCUAUUUAGCAGUCUUGUUUAGAAGUCUUAUGGCUUAGGGGUAAAAGCUGUUCAGGGUCCUGUUGGUUCCAGACUUGGUGCAUUGGUACCACUUGCCGCGCGGUAGCAGAGAGAACAGUCUGUGGCUUGGGUGGCUGGAGGCUUUGACAAUUCUUUGGGCCUUCCUCUGACACCGCCUGGUAUAGAGGUCCUGGAUGGCAGGGAGCUUGGACCCAGUGAUAUACUGGGCCGUACACACUACCAUCUGUAGUGCCUUGUGGUCGGAUGCCAAGAAGUUGCCAUACCAAGUGGUGUUGCAGCUGUGUAACUUUUUGAGGAUCUGAAGGCCCAUGCCAAAUCUUUUCAGCCUCCUGAAGGGGAAGAGGCAUUGUCGUGCCCUCUUCACGACUGUGUUUGGACCAUGAUAGAUCCUUUAGUGAUGUGGACACAGAGGAACUUGAAGCUCUCAACCUGCUCCACUACAGCCCUGUCGAUGUGAAUAGGGGCGUGCUAGGCCCUCUGUUUCCUGUAGUCCACAAUCAGCUAAUUUGUCUUACUGAUGUUGAGGGAGAGGUUGUUGUCCUGGCACCACACUGCCAAGUCUCUGACCUCCUCCCUAUAGGCUGUCUCCUCGUCAUCAGUGAUCAGGCCUACCACCGUUGUGUCAUCGGCAAAUGUAAGAAUGGUGUUGGAGUUGUGCACAGCCACGCAGUUGUAGGAGAACAGGGAGUACAGGAGGGGACUAAGCACGCACCCGUGAAGGGCCCCUGUGUUGCAGGUCAGCGUAGCAGAUGUGUUGUUGCCUACCCUCACCACCUUGGGGCGGCCCAUCAGGAAGUCCAGGAUCCAGUUGCAGAGGGAGGUGUUCAGUCCCAGGGAACUUAGCAUAGUGAUGUGCUUCAAGGGCACUAUGGUGUUGAAUGCUGAGCUGUAGUCAAUGAACAGCAUUCUCAUGUACAGUGGGGAAAAAAAGUAUUUAGUCAGCCACCAAUUGUGCAAGUUCUCCCACUUAAAAAGAUGAGAGAGGCCUGUAAUUUUCAUCAUAGGUACAUGUCAACUAUGACAGACAAAUUGAGAAAAAAAAAUCCAGAAAAUCCCAUUGUAGGAUUUUUAAUGAAUUUAUUUGCAAAUUAUGGUGGAAAAUAAGUAUUUGGUCACCUACAAACAAGCAAGAUUUCUGGCUCUCACAGACCUGUAACUUCUUCUUUAAGAGGCUCCUCUGUCCUCCACUCGUUACCUGUAUUAAUGGCACCUGUUUGAACUUGUUAUCAGUAUAAAAGACACCUGUCCACAACCUCAAACAGUCACACUCCAAACUUCACAAUGGCCAAGACCAAAUAGCUGUCAAAGGACACCAAAAUCAAAAUUGUAGACCUGCACCAGGCUGGGAAGACUGAAUCUGCAAUAGGUAAGCAGCUUGGUUUGAAGAAAUCAACUGUGGGAGCAAUUAUUAGGAAAUGGAAGACAUACAAGACCACUGAUAAUCUCCCUCGAUCUGGGGCUCCACGCAAGAUCUCACCCCGUGGGGUCAAAAUGAUCACAAGAACGGUGAGCAAAAAUCCCAGAACCACACGGGGGGACCUAGUGAAUGACCUGCAGAGAGCUGGGACCAAAGUAACAAAGCCAACCAUCAGUAACACACUACGCCGCCAGGGACUCAAAUCCUGCAGUGCGAGACGUGUCCCCCUGCUUAAGCCAGUACAUGUCCAGGCCCGUCUGAAGUGCAUUUGGAUGAUCCAGAAGAGGAUUGGGAGAAUGUCAUAUGGUCAGAUGAAACCAAAAUAUAACUUUUUGGUAAAAACUCAACUCGUCAUGUUUGGAGGACAAAGAAUGCUGAGUUGCAUCCAAAGAACACCAUACCUACUGUGAAGCAUGGGGUUGGAAACAUCAUGCUUUGGGGCUGUUUUUUUGCAAAGGGACCAGGACGACUGAUCCGUGUAAAGGAAAGAAUGAAUGGGGCCAUGUAUCGUGAGAUUUUGAGUGAAACCCUCCUUCCAUCAGCAAGGGCAUUGAAGAUGAAACGUGGCUGGGUCUUUCAGCAUGACAAUGAUCCCAAACACACCGCCCGGGCAACGAAGGAGUGGCUUCGUAAGAAGCAUUUCAAGGUCCUGGAGUGGCCUAGCCAGUCUCCAGAUCUCAACCCCAUAGAAAAUCUUUGGAGGGAGUUGAAAGUCUGUGUUGCCCAGCGACAGCCCCAAAACAUCACUGCUCUAGAGGAGAUCUGCAUGGAGGAAUGGGCCAAAAUACCAGCAACAGUGUGUGAAAACCUUGUGAAGACUUACAGAAAAUGUUUGACCUGUGUCAUUGCCAACAAAGGGUAUAUAACAAAGUAUUGAGAAACUUUUGUUAUUGACCAAAUACUUAUUUUCCACCAUCAUAUGCCAAUAAAUUCAUUAAAAAUCCUACAAUGUGAUUUUCUGGAUUUUCUUUUCUCAUUUUAUCUGUCAUAGUUGACGUGUACCUAUGAUGAAAAUUACAGGCCUCUCUCAUCUUUUUAAGUGGGAGAACUUGCACAAUUGGUGGCUGACUAAAUACUUUUUUUCCCCACUGUAGGUAGUGGGAAAGGGCAGUGUGGAGUGCAGUAGAGAUUGCGCCAUCUGAUGAUCUGUUGGGACGGAUUGCAAAAUUGGAGUGGGUCCAGGGUGCCUGGGAUGAUGAUGUUGAUGUGAACCAUGACCAUCUUUUCAAAGCAUUUCACAGAUGUGAGUGCUACAGGGCGAUAAUCAUUUAGAGAGAUUACCUUGGCGUUCUUGGGCACAGGGACUAUGGUGAUCUGGUUAAAACAUGUAGGUAUUACAGACUGGGUCAGGGAGAGGUUAAAAAUGUCAGUGAAGACACUUACCUGAUGGUCAGCACAUGCUCUGAGUAUGUGUCCUGGUAAUCCGUCUGGCCCUGCGGCCUUGUGAAUGUUAACCUCUUUAAAGGUCCUACUCACAUCAACUACGGAGUGUGAUCACACAGUUGUCCAGAAGAGCUGGUUCUCUCACGCAUGGUUCAGUUUUGCUUGCCUCGAAGCGAGCAUAGAAGGCAUUUAGCUCGUCUGGUCAUGUCACUGGGCAGCUCGUGGCUGAGUUUCCCAUUGUAAUCCAUGAUAGUUUGCAAGCCCUACCACAUCCGAUGAGCGUCUGAGCCGAUGUAGUAGGAUUCGAUCUUAGUCUUGUAUUGACGAUUUGCCUGUUUGAUGGUUCUUCGGAGGGCGUAAUGGGAUCUCUUAUAAGCGUCCGGGUUAGUGUCCCGCUCCUUGAAAACGGCAGCUCUAGCCUUUAGCUCAGUGUGGAUGUUGCCUGUAAUCCAUGGCUUCUGGUUGGGAUAUGUACGUACGGUCACUGUUGGGAUGAUGUCGCCAAUGCAUUCAUUAAUGAAGCUCCCAGAGAAGGCUGUGCUCAGGAUGAUGCGCCGGUCAUUAUCUGACUGACUCCUUUUCAAAUAGGACCAGGACGUAAUGUAACCAACCACUGGUAUAGGGACCUUUUCAUAUAGGACUAUACGACAUCAUGCAAACAGCAAUACCAGACUACCCUUUCCUCGGCUACGGGUGCUACAUGUUUUCCUUUUAUUGCUGCAUGGAUGCUGCAAUUUCUGCUACAAUGUUAUUGCUCUUUACUUAGGAUUAUCAUAUUUUGUUUAUGGUAGACUAGAUUAAACUAAUUUCUAUGAAUAUGGCUAUUAGUGCCAUUGAUAGGAGUGAUGUGAGGAGAGCACCCAAGGCUCCUGCAGCAUCAAAGGAAUGGAUCUGGUAAAGGUGGUGUUAGGAGAUUCCUUAUUAGCCUGAGCAGAAAAAAACAACAGGUAAUUAUCACUAAAUGCAUUUCAACACUGAUCAAAGGGAUGAGUAACCUUUGGCCUCUAGUGAUUGCCAUGGAUACAAAAGAACAGCUGUAGAAUCAUGUAGGAUGAGGUUUCAUUGAGACAGAGCUAGAUAUAGAAAUAGAAAAGAAAAGUAUCUAGCUAUGAGACCUGCAGCCAAUGUCCUUUAGUAUGCUGUUUCCAUCAAGCUCAUUUGAGCCAAUGGCCCCACACUCUGCAGAGGCAGAGGGAGGUAAACAGUGAGUGCAAUAUAUCUGUCUGUUUGUCUCAGGGACAGCCUCAGCCAAACCUAUAAGUGGAAACGGAUCGAUGAGUAACAGUGCUGUGGCCAUUUUUACGAUCAGAGGAACGGCAAAUGUCUUCCGGCUAGAUUUACGGGCGCAGCAGUAUUUAAAUCUCCCCUGUAUGGCUAGAGUGAGGGAGGUCUGUGCCAAAGCAGGUCUGUGUCGGGGAAAUUGCUUUUUUCUCAUGCUGUCAGACAAUUCAAAGACUGAAUUGUUUCCACACAUGCUAAGAGUAGAAGAGAGGGAAAGAGAAGGGGGAUGGAGGGAGAGGACGAGAUAAGUGGGAGGAGGUUGGUUUGCUACUUCAUUUUCUCCUUUCUCUCGCACCUUAUUGUUGGAUGGUAACUAAACUCCACAGUAUUUUCAUCCUAUUUAUCAAAAAUGACAGUUAUUACAGGGCUAUUUAACACCUGUGUUUGUGCUGCCUAGUCAAUGCUAGAGGCUGAGUUUCACUCUUUCUCCCUGUCUCUCAGGUAUGACGUGUCAGGCGCGGACGUCGUACACUGAGGAUGAGGUGUUGUGGGGCCACCGCUUCCUGCCCGUCAUGUCUCUGGAGGAGGGAUUCUUCAGGGUGGACUACUCCCAGUUCCACAGCACUUUCGAGGUCAACACCCCACCCUACAGCGUCAAGGAGCAUGAUGAGAAGUCCUCCCUGCUUUCGCCCCUCUCCACCCCCACGCUGGGCGAGAGCCACGGUGCCGCCCGACGUGCCCGUGUCUUCUCUGUGGACUGCAUCAACACUACGGACCGGGAGGAGCGGGCAGGGCAGUCCAGGUUGCCCAGUAAGCUUCAGAGGAUGAGCUCGUCUGGGAAGGAGGACCUACAGAGGAAGGUUCUGAUGCUGAGCUCCCAGCACUCUGAGAAGGCCUGCAGUACUGGAGACCUGCCUCUCAAGCUGCAGCGUCUCAGCUCCUCCCCCGGCCCAGAGGCUGCAGCUCGGCUGCAGCUCAAGGCCUUGAAGGUGGGCUUUGAACCCAUGACCCAGUCCACUGGAGACCUGCAGCUGCCCCCCACCCCAGCCCCC